CUCUCCUGUACGUAUUUUAUCCUUUUCGCUGCUGCGAUUAUAUCAAUGAGGUUGAUUUUUUAAAACUUCCAAGAAUAUUCCAGUCUAAUUUUCAUUGUGUUGGUGAUACAGUUAGAAAUUUGUAAUUCAAAUAAAACUAGAAAAGUCUUUAUCGGCUGACGCGUUACACGACACAGCAUUUCUAAUAGAAUUAAGUAUAAUUUCAGCAUUUACAUUAUUUAAAGGGCAAGCAUGGUGAAGGAAACAAAAUUUUACGAGAUUUUAGGUGUCAAGCCAGGCUGUUCCCAAGACGAUUUGAAGAAGGCUUACAGAAAACUAGCAUUAAAAUAUCAUCCGGAUAAGAAUCCCAAUGAAGGUGAGAAAUUUAAACAGAUAUCUCAAGCGUAUGAAGUACUGUCGGAUCCCGAGAAAAAGAAAAUUUAUGACCAAGGCGGAGAGCAAGCCCUGAAAGAGGGUGGAGUAAGCGGAGGCUUCUCCAGUCCUAUGGACUUAUUCGAUAUGUUCUUCAGUGGAGGAUUUGGGGGUGGCCGUAGAAGUCGAAGAGAUAGAAGAGGCAAGGAUGUUAUUCACCAGCUCACAGUGACACUGGAAGAACUCUACAAAGGGGCCGUUAGAAAACUGGCGUUGCAAAAGAAUGUAAUUUGCGAUAAAUGCGAAGGUAGGGGAGGAAAAAAGGGAGCUAUAGAACAGUGUCCAACUUGCAGGGGAACUGGAAUGCAAGUGCAGGUUCAACAACUUGGACUAGGGAUGCUGCAGCAAAUACAAACAGUCUGUCCCGAUUGCAGAGGCCAGGGCGAAAGAAUCAAUCCCAAAGAUCGUUGCAAACAUUGUCAAGGCAAGAAAGUAGUGCGCGAGCGUAAAGUAUUAGAAGUGCACAUUGAUAAAGGCAUGACUGAUGGACAGAAGAUAGUUUUUAAUGGCGAAGGUGAUCAAGAACCGGAUUUAGAGCCUGGAGAUAUUAUCAUCGUGCUCGACGAAAAAGAGCAUCCUGUAUUUAGGCGGUAUAACGUUUAUGAUCUGUUUAUGCGCAUGGAGAUACAAUUGAUUGAGGCGUUGUGUGGAUUCCAAAAAUCGAUUAGAACUUUAGAUGAUAGAGAACUCGUUAUAACCGCUCUUCCAGGUGAAGUAAUCAAGCAUGGAGACUACAAAGCUAUAUUUAACGAAGGCAUGCCACAAUAUAAGAACCCCUUUGAAAAAGGACGUCUCAUCGUCCAAUUUUGGGUCCAAUUUCCCCAAUCCAUACCUCCAGAGGUAAUUCCGGCGUUAGAAAACGCUCUUCCGCCACGUGUGGAAUCGAUGAUUCCCGACAAUGCCGAAGAGGUCGUUUUGGUCGAAUUCGAUCCCGAAUCCGAAGCCAGAAGGAACUCUCAGAAGAACGCAUAUGAUGAAGAUGAUGAAAUGCACGGACAAGGACAGAGGGUGCAAUGCGCCACGAAUUAGAAUAUAUUGGAUAUAGUCCAGUAACUAACUAUAUACAUCAGAUUUAGCAAUGAAUAAUAUGUUUUUAACCUUGAUCGCUGAUCGUAACAAUGUCAAAAAUCUAAAAAAGUCUAUUAUAACAUGAAAUUUUGUACCUUUCUUUAGUUUUUGAUUAUAAAUACGCCAUACGUUUUAAAAGUAAACUGAAUUUGCUACCAUUUGAGCCCAGAACCGUCUCUUAAGACCCAAUAUUUUCAAAAAUACAGGGUUUCAAAAUUUAUAAUUUUUUUUUUAAAUGUAAAAUGUUAAGCAAUAUUUUGUUCUGUGUCCAUUUUCCAAUGGACGCUGAAGUGGUGUGAGGGAACCUACAGAUAAAUCUUCGAACUAUUGAAGCAUUGUCUGUUUCAAAAAACUGUAUUUUGGAAAUUAUUUGGUUUACAGAGACGGUUCUGUUCUCAAAUUUUGACAACUAAAAAAUUAUGACGUGGUCCUAAAUCUUUGGACUGUUCUGUAUUUUUGAUAAUAUUGCGUUCAGCGCUCAAGGUCGAAAACUUUAUAAAUUUAUUGGGCCAAGAUCAUAAACAUCUCAACAAAAAAUCAGAGAACUACCGAAUCUGACACAGUCCUCUUCUUCCUUUUUGGUUACUGGACUAAUAUUGACUAACGUUUUAUGAAAUCGAAAUUUUCGCUGACUUUAAUUGUAAUAUAGGACUGAUUAAUGUCGCGUUAA